AUGGCAAGUUUGUUGGACCUUUGCGAGCAAUAUUUCGGUGCACGUAAUUUCUACGAUGUCUUGAAGAUACCGAAAACCGCGAAUGACAAACAAGUAAAGAAAGCGUAUCAUAAAUUAUCACUACUUGUACAUCCGGACCGAGUUGAAGAGAGCAUCAAGACUGAAGCAACGGAGAAGUUUAAAGUUCUUGGUAGAAUACAUUCCAUUCUCAGUGACAAUGACAAACGCAAGAUUUAUGAUGAGUCCGGUCAGUAUGAUGAAGAGAGCGAAGAGGUUGUGAUGCGCAAUUGGGCAGACUACUGGAGAUCCCUGUUUAAAGAAAUUACUGUAGAAGAUAUCAAUAAUUAUGAAAAGAAUUAUAAAGGGUCUGAGACUGAAAUUAAGGAUCUCAAAAGGGCAUAUAUGGACAGUAAGGGGGAUAUGGACUACAUUCUGGAAGCAGUCCCAUUCACAAACUGUGAGGAGGAGCCAAGACUACAUGAUAUAAUCCAAAAUCUCAUAAAGAGCGGUGAGGUGCCAGAGUACAAAGCUUUUACCAAUGAAAACAGCCAGAAGAAGCAACGCAGAAAAAGAAAGGUUAGAUAUUUAAUUAUCUUAGCAUUGCAACAGAAUACUAAAACUUAA